AGUUCUAAAUUUAAAUCGGUUGAUAUUUCAACAUCUCGAACACAUAAGACGAAACUUUCAAACUGCGUGUAUUCACUAAUUGCUUUUAUUGACAGACGUUUUCAUCUGACAUCAGCCAUGGCAGAUCUGGACUGGGGAGCUGCUGUAGAUAACCAAGAGUGUUCUCUUGUUUCUCAGGUGAAAAAUCUAGACAUCAAGACCCCAGAAAACAAAGCAGUCAGCAGUGCUACAGCAUCUACUACAAACAACAAAACAACAGAACCUGAUCCUGCAGUCAGUAAAACAACAGCACCUACACAAACAGGCAGCGGCGAUAGCCCAGCAACCAACAGCACUGACACAGCUGUCCUUGAUAACAACAACUCUUCAAAAACAGACGGUGAUAAACCAAGUAGUCUUAAUCCAAGUAGUCCUACACCUCAAGCUGUGGAUACGGGCAAAGAAGAACCAAUGAGUAAACUAGUGCGGUCGAAACUUAUAACAUCAGUCCAUGCGGACCUGGAGAUUCUACAGGCCGACCCCAACUCACCACUCUUUAGUGUCAAAUCUUUUGAAGCAUUAAACUUAAAGAAGGAGCUGUUACAAGGAUUGUAUGAUAUGAAAUUUAAUGCUCCAUCAAAGAUUCAAGAAACAGCUCUGCCUAGCUUACUGGCUGAUCCUCCAGUAAACAUGAUAGCCCAGAGCCAGAGUGGAACAGGCAAGACAGCAGCCUUUGUGCUGACCAUGCUGAGUCGUGUAGAUACAAACAAACCCUACCCACAGUGCCUUUGUUUAGCACCGACGUAUGAGCUAGCGUUACAAAUCGGAGAGAACAUAGAACAGAUGUCAAAACACAUGACAAACUUCACCCUGGUUUACGCUGUAAGAGGAGAGAGAGUUGCCAGAGGACAAAAAGUUCAAGGUCACAUCAUCAUUGGUACCCCAGGAACAGUUGCUGACUGGUCACUCAAAUUUAAAAGCUUUGACCUGAAGAAGAUCGAUGUGUUUUGUUUAGAUGAGGCUGAUGUCAUGAUUGCCACUCAAGGUCAUCAGGACCAGUCAAUUAGGAUACAAAGAGGACUAAGGAAAGAUUGUCAGAUGUUGUUAUUUUCGGCCACAUACGAUGAUGACGUGAUGAGAUUCGCUCAAGCUGUGAUCCCAAAUAACCCUGUUGUGAUCAAAUUGCGACGUGAAGAACAGAGUUUGGACAAUAUUAAACAAUUUUACAUUGAGUGUACAGAUAAAGAAAGCAAAUUCCAGGCAUUAUCAAAUAUAUAUGGAUCCAUUUCUAUAGGACAAUCUAUGAUCUUUUGUGCGACACGGAACACAGCCCAUUGGUUGUCGGAAAAGAUGACCAAGGACGGCCAUGCUGUUGGGCUGUUGAGUGGAGAUCUUGAAAUCGCACAGAGAGCUGCAAUCAUCAACAGAUUCAAGGACGGCAAGGAGAAAGUUCUUAUUACAACAAAUGUAACUUCUAGAGGUAUAGACGUAGAACAGGUGACAGUUGUUGUGAACUUUGACCUUCCCCUAACACAAGACAUGAAACCAGACAACGAAACGUAUCUACAUCGUAUUGGAAGGACAGGUCGAUUUGGGAAAAAUGGAAUCGCUAUCAAUCUCAUCGACAACUCACGAUCUUACAGCACUCUCAGGGCGAUAGAGAAAUUUUUCGGACGAAGUAUAGUCAAACUGGAUGCUGAAGACAUUGAUGAAAUUGAGAAGAUUGGUACAUAGAACUAGACACUGAGGACUUGGUGUGAAAAUAGACUCAUUUUGUAUUUGGCUUGCAUACAUUGAGUAGUGUCUUACAAUAAUAAGCAAGGAGCAAUUUGAAAUAUUUUGUGCAAGUAAAUCGCAAAAGUUAUUGUAAUAACACAGGAACAAUAAACAAAACAUCACUCAAGUUUGUUAACGUUCUUUUUAAAAAUAUGUGUAUCAAUAGAUUUUAAAUUUAUGAUUAUGAAAGUCUGUGAAAUAUUGGACACCUGUAAAACUAGACUGAUUUUUUAGUUUUUAUAAAACACAGGUUUUCCAAUGUUAAUAUUAAGAACUGAUGCCUUGUCAGGAUAAUUCCUUCAAUUAUUCAUUUAAAGGAAAAUUUGUUGAUUCUGAUCUUAUGUACAUGAGUUAAAGAAGCUUCAUGAAAGUGUCUGCUUACAGUGUGUAUGUAUCGGGGGGUAUACAGAUGAAUGGUCUGCUGUACUUUUUAAUCCUGAUGAAACAUCUCGACUAUUGAGAUUUCUUCAAAUCUCAAAAUCUCAACAUCCGAAAACACAUUUCUUGAGAUUUUGCUUCAGAAUAUUUUUAUUAAAUUUCACAAAAUUUGAUAAUUUCAUCAGUUUUGAAAUUCCGACAUUUUUGACACUCUUCUAUUCAUUAUGAUUUUGUUUUAUUCCAAAUUUAUCCCCAAUUUCGUGGAUAAAUGCAGAAAAAAUGCUCCUCGCAAUAUAUUUCAUUAAAAUCAUGUAUUUUGCAAACCUAAGUCAUUGACUUAACAGUCCAUGAUAUAUCUAAAUGUGUUCACUGAUCUUUAUAAAAUGUCUUUUGCAAGUUUCUGAGAUAUGACAUGUACAGUGAGCUAUGAUGUUUGGGCAAGGUUCACAUGUGUUUUAUAAACAAUGACUUAUAUACAAUGUACAAACACUACUUUAUACUUUCGAUGGUAUUUUAAUUUGUUGCAAGUUAAAUGUGAUUUUUGUGUGUUCAAGUGCAAGUGCUAGGGGCAUCUCCAAAUAUAUGGUUAUAGAAAAAAAACAUUUCUUGGUACAUAUAUAUUGAAAAAGCAGUAAUCCAUUAAGUUAUUGAAACAUAACUUUUGCCUACUAUUGCUUGUUCUGCGGGGGGACAUCAUGCUGCCAAUUUAUUUUCAAAAAUCUGAAAAAUGCAUACAAUAUUUGGUUUAGAAAUUAUCCUCAAUUAGUCUCAUGUAGCCUCAUGCAGUUAGUUGUUCACAAUACUUUACUAAGCUCCCUGAAGGUUAAUUUAGCUCACCUGUCCAGUGUUCCGUGAUUUUAUAUGCAAGGGAAAACCAAUUGUAUUACAAAUAGAAAAAGUUGUGUCAAUGGAUUAUUAUAUAUACUCACAAAACUACACUCUGUAUUUAUAUUUUUAUGAAAUGCUUCCUUUUAAUAUUCAGUCAACUUCAAAAGUUAAUUUUGAACACCAUUAAUUCAGCGUCAUUUGUUUGACACUGCUACAGGUGUAUGCUGUAAGUCUGUAUCUGAAAUAUGUGUCAUUGUUAAACUAUCUCUCAGUGGGAGUCUGUUUGCAUAACUCUAUGUUUGUUUCUCAAAAAAAUCUCUCGCGGGUGCAUACAAUUAAUGAUGAUCUUGGUGCAAUAUUUUGUGUGAGCCUUAUAUCUAAUACAUACAUGUACUGUACAACUUUUUUUCCUGCUAAAAACUGUUAUGAAAAUUACUUGCCAUAUGUAGUUUCACUGAUAGUUAUACUCAUGCAUAAAUUCAGUCUUUCCUUGCCUGAAACCACCAAUCAGUUGCAAAGUUCUUUCUUCAUUACCGGUAUAUAAGACCACGGGGAAGAGGGUAAUGAAAGUCUUAUCCACUAUCUAGACAAAUAUACCUACAGUUUACUGGGUGGUGAUUAUAAGGACUUACUUGAUGACAAAAUUGAAGGGUAGAUUUUAUAAGGGAAAUGACUAUGACCGAUCACUGAUGCAGAUAUAUUGUGAAUGUCAUUUCUUUCACAGUCCAUAAUUUUAAGAUUUCCUAAAAGGUUAAGAAUUGAUUUCCUGAAAAUUGUACAAGUUGUAUUUGUGAUGGGGAAAACAAUUAUCAGGAAAAUUGUGAAAAUAAGAACCCUGCCAAAAACAAAGGAUUACAAUGUGUUGGACAUGAACAUAAUUAUUGUAUGAACGAUUUUUUCAAGAUUAAAAAAUAUUUUUCUGUAAAUGUAGUAUUAUAGCUUGACUUUGAAUUUGGAUGAGCAACAAGUUUCAGCUAUGUUUUUUCAAAGUGUAUGGCUACAAAAAAAUACAUAUUGUAUAUGUUGACAUUUUUAUGUGGGAGCUUGAAUUGAUUGGCCACUCCUGGUAACAAAAAAACACAAAAAAACUUCACAGUUCAUAUUGAUGGAUGUAGAUAUGCAUCCUGUAAUACUAGUAGUGGUUUUCCUGACGUAAAAAGUUACGAAUAAAGUGAGUGGAAUGGGAGAUGGGGAGGCCAAUCAAAUCAAAAAAUUUUUUUACUGUUGCUUAAAUAGAUUGAGACAUGAUUUGUACAAAUUUCAUUUGCAAAACAAAAUUAAACACAUUGUAUUAUGUAAAAAAAAUCACUCGACCCUGUUCAUUAUUUUUAUGUCAUGAUCAUGUCAGAUUCCCACAGGAGGUCAAUUAAAACUUUAAAAUUUG